UAGGGGACGGACCCCAGCAGGUCGCAGGAGAACCGGGAGAGGCAGAGACGUUCCUAGAUGCGAGACCCGUGUGGGUUAAGAGCUCCUCCUGGAGAGGACAAAGAUGUUUUCGGGACUCGGGCUGCCACUUUGUGGCCAUACCCCAUAGACGACGACAGUGGUGACGAGGGCCCUGAGGGAUUGGAGGAGCGGGCGGGACCUGCAAACCAUCCCGGAUUGGAGGAGCGGGCGGGACCUGCAAACCAUCCCGCAGGAGGACCUGGAGAGGCAGAUGAGUGGAGCGACCUGGAGGAGGUCCACAGACGUAGUGGCGGGGGCGACCUUUUUGGUGGAAGUGACGGGAGCCCUUUUGAGCGAGAGCGGCCUUCGUCUUCUGGGCCACAAUCUGUCGAUACGCAGGCGGUGCACGACUCUGCACGUUCCAGGGGGGCAGAGUCAGCUUGUGGUGGCGGUAUUGCAGGGCAGCAUCCUGAACGUUUGCGCAGUGGGAUGGUUCAGUUCCAGACAAGUGAGCUUGAUCGAGGUUCGCCCCCGAGAGGGCGAUUGCAUAGAAUGGUGAAGGGGCCAAGACAACGAUUAGAGAAAAGAUUGGUGGGCGGUUCUUUACCGACUGAGAGGGUCGAGAGAGUUGUGGAGAGGCCGACUGGUCGACGUACUCCUCCAUUCGGAGGAGAUGGACGCAGUCCAAUUCAGGAGGCGGUUCAGACGCAGGUUGUUGGGGGUGGUGUUGCUGACAGGCUGUCGAUGGGUGGCAGAGGAGGUUUUAGUCAGAUUGGUGAUUUGGGACUGCUGCCCGGAGAGAGCGAUUAUCGGGGGGACGUGUCUGCCGGCAUGCAGGCCAUAUUAGAGCAGAUCAGCGCUAUGCAGCCAGAGACUUUCACCCUUGCCAUGCGCGGAGAGUUAGGAGCGCCGCCAACGGAGAUAGAGAGAGACGAGGAGGCCACACCCCCUGGAGAGACAUCGGCAGAGAGGUUGGAUAGACUCAAUAGUAGAAUGUUGUCACCCAAGGGUCUUGUCACGCCCCCUCAUAAAGGAAGUAAAGGGCGGCGUAGGAUUGGAGCCGCCCGACAACGGGCAGGUACGAUAUCGCGGACCACAGGGUGGGGGGGGGAUGUUGGCGGGGACGCUGUUGUCGGGGGGGUAGAGGAGCGAGUCCAUGCUGAUCCGGUGUCGUUGGUUGAGGGCGGUCGACAUGCAGAAGACAACGGCGGGGCUGGAGCGAGACAGGAGGCGAUCCGUACGCUUGACAGAGGGAGGCACGAGGCGUCGCGGAGCUUGGUGGUUUGCACGGUCGUGCGCCCAGUUGUGCGACAUGAGGCACCAUUUCCUAUAGAUCCGAUGCGUCCUACAGGUGGUGUCUCCUUGAUAGUACAGCGACGUGUAGGCAGGGGCAUGUGCGCGCCUCCGAUUCCCCCUUUUGCAUCGUCUAGGGAGAGGACACAGUCGAGGUAUGCGCCGCAUCCUCGCGGCACCCUUCCAUUUGGCUGUAUGAUCGCCGAGGAGUUGGAGGCGCAUGGCACGAUGGAUUACACCGGGAUAGACACCGGUUGACCAGACUUGUCUUGGGCGCCAGCCAGCCUGAGCCUGCCAUCUGGAGGUUCUAUUGCAGUGCCCUCU